UCAUCCCAUGGAUCCUUUGGGCGCUCCUUCGCACUUUGUGGACGUUGAUAGUUUGCCAGCGAUGGGCAACCUGACCAACUGGACUCCUUCUCGACUGGCUGAAAACAAGCAAGAUGACGUCCGUUCACCUUUUCCAUGUGGAAGGACAUCAAUGAAAAAAAUAAUACUGGGUGGGCGAGGUGAUGUGGCAUUGCUGAACUGCACAGCCAUCGUGAACACCAGCAAUGAAGCUCUGACAGAUAAGAAUCCAGUGUCUGAAAGUAUCUACAUGCAUGCAGGACCUGACCUUAGGGCUGAGCUACAGAAACUCAAAGGCUGUAGGACAGGGGAGGCAAAACUGACAAAGGGAUAUAAUCUUGCUGCUCGUUUCAUUAUUCACACGGUGGGACCCAAAUACAAAAGUCGAUAUCGGACUGCAGCAGAGAGCUCCUUGUACAGCUGUUACCGCAACAUCCUUCAACUUGCAAAGGAGCAAGCAAUGGCUUCAGUUGGAUUCUGUGUGAUAAACACUGUGAAAAGAGGUUAUCCUUUAGUGGAUGCCACACACAUAGCACUGCGAACAGUGAGGAGAUUUUUAGAAGUUCAUGGGGAAACACUUGAAAAAGUGGUUUUUGCAGUGUCUGACAUUGAAGAGGCUGUUUAUCAGAAGAUGCUACCUCUGUAUUUCCCAAGGUCACUAGAAGAAGAGAGUCAGUCCUUUCCUUUCCUUCCUGAUGAUAUUGGCAAUGCACAAGGGGAACCAGUGGUGCCAGAACGUCAGAUCAGAAUUAGUGAAAAGCCAGGAGUUUCAGACGAUAAUUCAGAUGAGGAGGGACUAGAAGCAGAUUUAUCCUUUAUUGGCUCCCAUGCUUUUGCUCGCAUGGAGGGAGAUGUUGAUAAACAGAGACGUCUCAUCUUACAAGGGCAGCUUUCAGAGGCAGCACUACAAAAACAGCAUCAGAGAAAUUACAACCGCUGGCUUUGUCGGGCAAGAGCUGAAGACCUGUCUGAUAUUGCUUCCCUUAAAGCUUUGUACCAAACAGGUGUUGAUAACUGUGGUCGUACAGUAAUGGCAGUGGUUGGAAGAAAUAUUCCUGUAACUCUUAUAGACAUGGAGAAGGCUCUCUUGUACUUCAUCCAUGUGAUGGACCACAUUGUUGUAAAAGAAUAUGUCAUUGUGUAUUUUCACACUCUCACUAACGCCUACAAUCAUUUAGACUCUGAUUUUCUGAAGAAGCUUUUUGACAUUGUUGAUUUCAAGUACAAAAGGAAUCUGAAGGCCUUGUACUUUGUCCAUCCAACAUUUCGCUCUAAGGUUUCAACAUGGUUUUUUACAACUUUUACUGUUUCGGGUCUAAAGGACAAAGUCCACCAUGUGGAAAGCCUGCAACAGUUGUUCACAGCCAUUCCCCCUGAACAAAUUGACUUCCCCCCAUUUGUUCUUGAAUAUGAUACCAGGGAAAAUGGAUCAUACUAUUCUUAUCCUUCUUCUCCGGACCUCUGACUCUGCAGCUCUGCCAUUCCAUUUAGUUUCCCAACACCCGAUGAUGUAUUACUUGCCAAUAGCAUAUGAACCAUGUUGGCCUGAAUCAUUUUCAGAGAUCAGAGGGAGGGUGAUCCUGCCUCUGCUAUUUUUUUGUAUAAGGAGAUAUUUGGAUGAAUACAAACAAUCAGUAAAUUAAAUCACAAUCAACUAUGUUUCAGCUCUUUUCAAGUGGAAAGGUUGCUAGGUGCAUAUGACAGUAAUUUUUCAUAUCACCCACACUAAUACUGUUUUCUGAAAAGAUCCAUUGAUGAACAUAUUUUAAUCUGACUCUGUGAGUUUUCAUUGCCCCCCCCCAUCCAUUUUUGACCAGUUUGGAAGAAGAUUUAGCAUCCACACAACAGUUUUUGACCAGUUUGGAAGAAGAUUUAGCACAUUGAAUCCAUCAUUAUUGCUGAUACACUCUGCAGAAUUCUCUGUAGAAAUAUCUACAGACUGGGAAAAGUCCUGUUUAAAGUCCUAAAACAACUACAACGUUCAGCAUUAUAAAUUCUACUUAGAUUGGAAUGCAGUAAUCUAUUUUUUUUUCCUGGCUUGUGUGCGAUGGUAAGACUUCUGCUACCUUCCUAAAUUGUAAAAUGGGGAAAAAAAAUCA